ACAAAAAUUAUAAAUUUAUUCGAAUAUUAAAAAACAAUUUUGAUUUGAACAAAAUGUCUCAGUUCAAUUUCUUUAACGAAAUUAAUAGUGCACUUACCAUGGAUGGGGAGAUCACUCGUGGACCUGCUCCUCGGUGGCAAAAGAAAUUGGAAGCAUCCACCGCUAGUUUAAAUGGCAGCAUAAAUGCUACACGUUCCGUACUUUCGGUCUCAUAUAACACCAGUUUUUCAGGUGUUAAUCCACCCACAAAAACACCGGGCAAAAAUGCUGAGGGCAAAACAAAGAAGACACCAACACCAAACAAAGGUUCUAAGACGCCAGGCGGAGGUGACAGAUUUAUACCCAAUCGUGGAACUACAAAUUUCGAAUUAGGUCAUUAUUUGAUAAAACAAGAACAGGACAAAUCGGAAAAUGACGAAGAGAAUGAAAGCAAUUCUAAUAAUGCCAACAAAAUGACGCCAGCUAAGGCUGAAAGGCAAAAAUUAAUAUCAGAUUCUAUGCAAGUAGCUGAUGGUAAAACUACACGAAUUCUAUCGUAUCAAAAUAAGGCACCAGCGGCCCCAGAGUCUCAUAUUAAUCCCUUGAAGGUAGUUUAUUCCAUUAAAACUCCGAUAUCGACUAAAAGUGGUUCACGUUAUAUACCCACUACAUCCGACCGCAUUUUGGAUGCUCCGGACAUUAUUAAUGAUUAUUAUCUAAACCUGUUGGAUUGGAGCGCGGACAACAUAGUAACAGUAGCUUUGGGAAAUGCGGUUUAUCUUUGGAAUGCUGUUACCGGUAAUAUUGAACAAUUAGUGGAAUAUGAGGAGGGUGAUCACGCUUGUGCUUUAGCCUGGAUUCAAGAGGGACAAAUUUUAGCCAUUGGUAAUAAUACUGGAGCUGUGGAACUAUGGGACUGUUCUAAAAUAAAACGCCUACGUGUUAUGGAUGGCCACUCGGCACGUGUGGGCUCUUUAGCUUGGAAUUCAUUUUUGGUAUCAUCUGGAAGUCGUGAUGGCACUAUUAUACAUCACGAUGUCAGGGCCCGGGAACAUAAAGUAGCUAAUCUGGCUGGACAUACCCAGGAAGUAUGCGGUCUUAAGUGGUCUACUGACUUUAAAUACCUUGCCAGUGGCGGCAAUGAUAACUUGGUAAAUGUUUGGACGGCUGCUAGUGGUGGUGUUGGCACUGGCAAUGAUCCUUUACAUGUUCUAAACCAACAUCAAGCCGCUGUGCGAGCUUUAGCCUGGUGUCCUUGGCAGCCUAAUGUUUUAGCAUCCGGUGGCGGUACUGCUGAUAGAUGUAUUAAGUUUUGGAAUGUCAAUAAUGGAUCAUUAAUAAAUUCGGUUGAUUCCAAGUCCCAGGUAUGUGCUUUGUUAUGGUCUCGCAACUUUAAGGAACUCAUUUCGGCGCAUGGUUUUGCUAACAACCAACUUACAAUAUGGAAAUAUCCAUCGAUGGUAAAACAAGCUGAACUGACCGGUCACACCUCAAGAGUUUUGCAAAUGGCCUUGUCCCCAGAUGGCAGUACAGUUAUUAGUGCUGGUGCUGAUGAAACUCUACGUUUGUGGAAUUGUUUUGCACCUGAUCCUCAUACAACUAAAAAGUCCAGUUCAGUUACCAGUAAAGCUAAACAAAGUGUUUUUCGUCAGAGUAUACGUUAAUAUGGCGAUUAAGACUCUAGCAAAUUUAUUGUAUUUUGUUUAAAUAUAUUUUGAACAUAAAAACAAUUUUUUUUAAGAAUUUUGCUUGUGUUCUUUUAUAAGUUAUAUAUCCCUUGAUUUUUUUUCUAUUUUAUUAUUUCUAUUAUAACAUGUAACAUUAUGACAAAAUGCCUUUUUGAUAAGUUUGUUAAUUAUGUAUGGCAAUUGUAUUUGAAUUUAUCUAUGUACUAUUAAUAACUUGUAAGUUUUUAAAUAAAAUUUAAUGAUCAAUGACAA